ACGUAUCUGAAGUGAAAAAGAUGUAUCGGGACAUCCCGAGUGUGGCACCAGGGGUCUUUAAUAUUGAACCUUUUCACAAUUUUCUAAUAUUUUGAGAUACAGAAUUUGAGAUUUUUAUUAGUUCUCAGUUAUAAUUAUUAAAAUUAAAGAAUUAAACAUUUGAAUAUCAAUCUGUGUGCAAUGAAUGAAUCUAACAAGUUUCAUUUUUUGAAUUAAAUUACUGAAGUAAAUCAACUUUUUCAUGAUAUUCUGACUUUAUGCCCAGCACCUGUAGAAUAUAGUGAUGCACCAAUAUGAAAUUUUUGGGCCGAUGCCGAUAUCCAAUACUAAGAUCACUGUUAUGGCCGAUAACCGAUAUUUGCCGAUACCGAUAUACUGACAUUAAUGCUUCUAAAAUCUGCAGAUUUUGUAUAGAAUGAAAAUUAUUAAAGCUGAAUGUACGUUAUUAUGUAAACACAACACAUACAUUUACGGUUCUGAGAUGAUUUCAUUCGCUGUUCACAUGACUUAACAAUUACACAUCACCCCCCUCACCUUCUGAAACACGGAAACAAACGGAGAUGAGAUGGAAAAAAUAUUGGUUGUUAAUAUCUGCCCGGUUUUACUUAUCAAAAUGAUACCGAUAUAUUAAAAAAUUACUACAUCGGCCGAUACCGAUAUUGAUGCCGAUAUAUUGUCCAUCCCUAGUAGAAUAGAAUAGAAAUAUCCUUUCACAGUGGUAGAACUAGUAACACUGGAUUUGGAUGGUCUCUAAGAAACUUGAACAAGAAAAGUUCUGUAAGAGAAAUUUCAAAACCACCAGAGAUAAUUAUUAAGGCUGACGUAUCACAUGUGUGCAGAAAUGAUGUAAAAUCAUCUACCUAAAGCUCACUCUUAUAGUACUUGGGUAAUACUUGCCCUCUGAUGACACAUGGUUAUAUUUUUCUCUUCUACCUCCCACCUGAAUGUAUCUCAAAACUUAAGCAUAUGAAAAAAACUUUCAUAAUCCUAAACAUUAAAAAAAUAAAUUAAAUUGGGAUUCACUGACAUUUUGGGAUACACAGGGGUCGGUUGUACAUUAGAAAGUUAUUGAGAUCAAAACAGUGAAAUUGUUUUACAACCUUUUUGUCAUUUCAUUCAUCUUUUGCCAACCCUCACAGUUCAUUUUUAAGAGUUCCAGUAAUAGUAGUAGGUCUAAAUCAAGCAAAAGAAAAGUGCUGCAGUAAUCAAUUGGAUUAAGAUGACAGAAAAAGGAAUAAAGCCUAGCUGGUUGAGUGAACAGCCACCCAUCAAAACCAUCUCACAUCAGAUGAUGAAGCCAGAAUUAAUCUGCUAAUUAGGAAUUCAGAGCAUGACUUCCUUUCCCACAACAACAACAGCACAGAGUCCUGAUGUGAACCCCAAUCAAGAUUAGCAGUUAAAUGUUCAUGUUUGCAGACUCUAAAAUGAAACAUAAGUUAUGCUAAGCACAGUAAAUCAAUUCUAUGGCUGUAGUGAAUGUUCAGAGGGGUCACAGUGAAGCGUGUCAGGUCACAGGAGCACAGGAUUGAAAAUAUAACUGAAAAUCUUUGAUAUUUUGGGGUGUGCGGUUUGUGUAGUUUCUGUUAUUUUUGUUGAUCUAAGUAAAAACUUCAGGUCUCAAAAAAUCAGCUAUGUUCUGAAAUGAGUUUUAACCUUUACGUUUUCUGUUUUAAAUGGCUUUUAUAUGCAUAGCAACUCUACAACCCCCCAAGGUGCUUUACAACAAACACAUCCAGUCAUUCAACCACACAUUCACACACUGGUGAUAAUAAGCUGCAGUGUAGCCACAGCUGCCCUGGGGAGAGGUCGCUGAACACAGGUGCCACCGGCCCCUCUAACCACCACCAGCAGGCGACAUGGGUUAAGUGUUUGGCCCAAGGACACAACAACAGACUGAGCGGAACUCGAUCCCGCACCCCUCUGGUUGUGACUCCUCUACCAACCCUGUCCCCUUUUUGAGCCAAUACAUCAAAGUUUGACUCAAAGAGGGACAUCUGUUUGCAUAAUUUUAAAAUGUAAAAUAAUACAGGUUUAAUUUUGCCUGGUGUGUGCAAAACUCAUUUUGGUGAUCUUUGUGUUAUGACAUUGAUCAGAUGACAUUUUAGCCUCAUUGGAUCAUUUGUGUGCAAAACAUUAUAAUACAGAAAAUUCACCAAACUGGAUUUUAAUUAAAAACUCUACAAAUUUCAGCCAGAAAAAAAACACACUGUUUUUAUAAACAUCCAGAUAUAAUUAAGUUUUGUGGUUAAUGGUUGAUUUUCAUGUCUCACUGCUUAGUAGUUACAGGCAGAAGCUACAGGACUUUUAGGAAGAAAACUGUUCUUUUGAACUUAUGACUUGUGGGCCGAGCCUUUAACAGACCACUCCUGACUCCUCAGAGUAUAAAUCUGAGCAACUACCGUUGGAGAACACUGUCACCAUAGGUUUUGCAGAGAAAAGCUCCAUAAGGUAGUUAGACCUCUUUAUCAGAUUCUAAAUGGAGGUGAAAAACGAUUCAUUCCAAAGGGUGAAUCCAGAUCAUAUCAGUGAAGAUGAAACAACCCCUGGCUUGGACUUGGAGACGGCUCUGCAGGAAUGCACAGUUGCCCUCCAUCUUUUCUUGAACAACAGGUUUUCCGAUGCUCUGGCUAAGUUGGAGCCUUGGAAGAGCCACAGUAUGUAUCAUGCAAUGGGGUACAGCAGCAUCUUGUUAAUGCAGGCUGCUAUGACCUUUGACCCAAAGGACAUGGAUAAUGCCAUGAUGUCCCUUAGAGAAGCUCUGCACGUCUGCCAGAGAUUUCGAAGGAAAACCAGCAUAAUGGAGAGCUUGGCUAACCUGUGGUACGGACAGGCAGCUGAUAAUCUGACAGAAGAGGAGAUGCACGCAGAGCUUUGCUACGCGGAAGUUCUGAUGCAGAAAGCCGCUCUGACAUUUCUGGAUGAAAGCAUAAUCAGCUUCAUCAAAGCAGGGAUGGGAAUGAGGAGCAGUUAUCAGAUUUACAAGAACUGCCAGGACAUGGAAAAUGCCACGUGUAAUGAGGAAACACAGAGGAGUACACAUGUUCACUUUCAAGGUGGGGUCAACAUGGGCAUUGGAUCGUUCAACCUGAUAUUGUCCCUGCUUCCAUCCAGAGUCCUCAGACUGAUGGAGUUUCUUGGCUUCUCUGGAAACAGGGAUCUGGGUUUAUCGGAGCUGAGGGCUGGAGCAAUGAGCAACAGCCUUCGCUCCAUCCUCAGCACUCUGACCCUGCUGAUGUUUCAUCUCUACAUCACAGUGACACUCGGGACUGCUGAUGGAAACCUCUCUGAAGCUGAAUCUCUGCUAAAACCAUACGCUGAUAAAUACCCUAAUGGAGCCCUCAUGCUUUUCUACACUGCGAGGAUCGCUGUACUCAAAGGGAACUUCACAUUUGCUCAGGAGAAGUUCCUGGCAUGCAUUGCAACCCAGGAGGAGUGGCGUCAGAUUCACCACCUGUGCUACUGGGAGCUGAUGUGGGCCUACUCUUUCGAACAAAACUGGAUGGAGGCGUAUCGAUACGCCGACCGGCUCUGCAAGGAGAACAAUUGGUCCCAGGCUACCUAUGUGUUCCAGAAAGCUGCCAUCCUCAGCAUGCUUCCAGAGGAAGAAGUGACAAAACUGGGAGAAAAUGUGGUAGCUUUAUUCAGGCAGGUGGAGGGUCUCAGGAUAAGAAUUGCAGGAAAAUCAAUUCCAACAGAAAAGUUUGCUGCAAAAAAGGCCCAGAGAUACAUCGCUCCGAUCCCUGGGAAACUUGUCGUCCCUGCUUUGGAAAUGAUGUAUGUGUGGAACGGCUUCACUGUUGUCGGCAAAAGGCCUGAGCUGACUGAAAAUAUCUUAUCCACUCUAGAGAAGGCAGAAGAGCAGCUAAGAAACAAUCCAGCUCCAUCCGAGUACCAGCUGGAUGAUCAGUGUGUUGUGCAGCUGUUGAAGGGUUUGUGUCUAACACAGCUGGGACGCCUUGUCCAGGCAGAGAUCUGUUUCAAUUACGUCAUUUCCAGUGAGAAGAACAUCAAGGGUGACACCUACCUGGUGCCUUUCACCAUGUAUGAGUUGGGUUUAUUGCACAAGCAGAAAGGGGACGUCCGAACAGCCAUCACAGUUAUUGAAAAAGCCAAGAUGAACUACAGAGACUACAGCAUGGAGUCCAGGUUGCACUUCCGCAUCCAUGCAGCUCUCAACACCAUGGGCUCGUUUACAGCAAAACUUCCUCCAUCGCGAACACCAGCUUGAAGAAAAACUGAGAGAACACUCUCAACUCUCUGCAGCUGGUUUACAGAUCAGACCAUCAAGUUGAAAUCCUCAUCUGAAAUUUCUUUUAAAAUACUUGAAUGGGAAUUCAUUUGAGGAUCAAACCUGAGAGUAAUGCUAACAAAAAUAUAGGUUUUGUUAAUAUUUAUUUUUAUUUUAUUUAUUUUUUUUGCAUUUUAUGACCAAUAUUCUGUGUGGCUGUGGGUAAAGAAAAUGGAUGGAUGGGUUCCCUAUUCAUGGUUUAGGUUAUUCUCCCAGCGUUCUAGUUCAGUUGUCGUUAUGGUUUCUAAUUUAUUUUUGUUCUGUUCCCUAAGUCCAGUCCUAUGUUUGAUUUAGUCAUCUGUUAGUGUAUUCCUGCAGCAUUUAGUUCUAGUAUAGACUGAGGCAGUGUCCUCAUCACUGCCUCAGUCUAUUUAAACCCAGUUCAGGCCUCUGCUCAUUGCUGGUUCCUUGUGUUUGUGUGCUCGUGCUCCACAGUCUUUAAAUACAACUUUUGGACAUUUUAAAUCUACCUGGCUGCCUCCUGGAUUUCCUGCAUGUGGGUCUAUUUUAUGAGCAGAUUUUUAUCUUGAACCUAAAAUACUUGUAAGUGUGAAUAAAGGCACAUUUACCAACAAGUCCAGCUUAAAGUCUUAUUUUGAAAUUUACAAUUUAACUUGAAAUAAUUUACCUUCUAAUUAUAUAAUAGAUAACAAGUGGUGAUGUUGGCAAAGGACCAUAUUAUCCACCUUGUAAUCAGAAGGUUGCAGGUUUGUGUCCUACUCAGUCUGUGGCAGUCUAUGGGCAAGAUGCUUUGCCUUCUGGUGGUAGGGUUUUAUUUUUCAGCUUCAUUGAAAAAUCGCCACUAUGUGGCGCUAAAUUUCAAUUACCCAUUCUUUCCUAAGUGGUUUAACAGAGCCAAAGUGUAGUUAUAGCUUGUCGCCCGUGGAGGGCGACAUUUCACCUCCUCGCUCAUGUAAAGUGAAAUUAGAUAGAUGGAUAGGUAGAGACGUUAUUUGGUAUAUGUUUGCCAUAAAAAGUGUUAU